UUGAGCGGUCACUUCGUUCUUGUUUUGCCUGCUGCAACAUACAAUGAAUUGUUCAGGUUGGUGGGUGACAUUCUUUGUCAUAUUCUGCGUUUUGCAGGAGAAUGGUGUCAAUGGAAACCUACCCCCUCCAUGUGACAGUCAGAUCUACUGCACGGGAGAUAUCAUUCACCAAGUCCAGAUGGCCAAGAUUUUUGACGAUGAUAAACAUUUUGUUGACAUGAGCCUCCGUGAUUCACCUGCCAAGAUAAUAAAGAGAUUUCAAAGUUUAUUUCUGAGGCCUCCUGCUAGACAACUGACCAGAGAACAAUUGAUUGGAUUUGUGAACACAUCUUUCUAUGACCCUGGCACAGAGAUGGAACAAUGGAACCCACCAGACUGGAAUGAAAGCCCCAAAUUCUUAUCCGGUAUUGCUAAUGCUGAACUUCGCACGUGGGCCCUAAAUAUUACGUCUCUUUGGAAGUCUUUGGGCAGAAAGAUCAAAGAAGACGUAAAAAGUAAUCCAGAUCGCUAUUCACAAAUCUAUGUUCCGAAUCCAGUGAUAGUACCUGGAGGCAGAUUCCGAGAGUUUUACUACUGGGAUUCAUAUUGGGUGAUCAAUGGACUUCUUCUCUCUGAAAUGACUCAGACAGCCAGAGGAAUGAUAGAAAAUUUCCUUGACAUUGUACAACGAUAUGGAAUGAUCCCUAAUGGAGGGAGAAUAUAUUACCUUUGCAGAAGCCAACCACCAUUCCUUACUUUAAUGAUGGAUAGCUACCUGGCCAGUGAAAAGAACCUCACCUUUCUAAGGGAAAACAUUAAUCUACUGGCAAAAGAGUAUGACUUCUGGAUGAACAAUCGUACUGUACCAGUAUCAGUCAAUGGAAACAAUUACACGUUGAAUCGCUAUUAUGUACAAAUAGGGGGACCAAGGCCAGAGUCUUACUCUAAAGAUUAUGAGCUUGCUGAAAACCUUACGGCAGACGCAAAACCAUCACUUUAUUCAGACAUUGCAGCUGCUGCCGAGUCUGGUUGGGACUUUUCUACUCGCUGGUUCUAUGGUCCUACAGAUACUUUGCUAGACACAAAAACCAGCUCUGUGAUUCCUGUAGACUUAAAUGCCAUCUUGUGUCGUGUGGAGAGAACAUUGGCCAAAUUCUACACUGAGCUAGAUAUGCCAGAAAUGGCUUCCAGGUUUUCAGAAGCCCUAAACCAACGGCUCAAAGCUGUGCAGGCUGUGCUGUGGGAUCCAGAUCUAGGAGUAUGGUUGGACUACAAUUCAGAACAUCAGAAAAGGAAUCCAAACUUUUACCCUAGCAACUUGUCUCCACUCUGGGCUUCAUGUUAUGAGGACACAGCGGUUGUUGACAGAGUUGUUUCGUAUUUGGAGAAAAGUGGAGCAUUGUCCUACAAUAAUGGUCUUCCAACUUCUUUCAAAAACUCUGGACAGCAGUGGGAUUUCCCCAAUGGCUGGCCACCUUUACAACAGAUGGUAAUUGAAGGCCUGGAAAACACGCAGUCUGCCAAAGCCAAGGACAUUGCCUUCCGAUUGGCCCAAAAGUGGGUCAAUGUCAAUUAUAAUGCCUUCAAGAAGUACAACGCCAUGUUUGAAAAGUAUGAUGUGGAAGGUGAUGGUAAACCAGGUGGAGGAGGGGAAUAUGAAGUACAGCUGGGCUUUGGAUGGAGCAAUGGAGUAAUCCUUCAGCUGUUGGAUGUCUACAAAUCACGUCUGACCAGUUCAGCCAUCAUUACCUCAUUCUCAUUUCCUGUUUUACUGUUUCCAAUAUUAAUCCUUACUUUAUGGGCAUAAACAUUAUGAUGCUGCUUACUCCAGACAUUUAUCCUGAAUAUAUUAAUCUCUUACACCAUUUGAAUUUUUUGCAUAUG